AUGCGACAAUUGACCCUGAACAUAGCCCCGAACGGCCGAAGUGGCGAGAGUCUGGAGGGUCAGGUGCUGUUUGCAAACAAGGAAGGUCAAGCACAGAUUGCCCUGAGGCACUGGCAGCGAAUCAUCUCACGAUGGCCCAUCGACAAAGUGAGACCAGAGGCAGUUUCCUUUCAAGCUUUAAUGAAGAAGAGACUCGAAAGGUAUCAGAAUCCGUCUAGCGCGAAUACGAUUACGAAGGUGCAAGGUACCGAAGCCAACGCAGCACCAAUCAACCUCACAUGGAAUGAGAACAGAGAAAUGAAGCAAACGAACGUCCUCUAUGCUCUUCUUGAGAAUCGCUUCCAGAAAGAGUCGCCUCUACCAGAUAGAUUGAGAUAUCCAGCCAGCGAGGUCAAUCACUAUGAUAUGAUUAUUAAAGAGAGCGAGCGUGCUCCAAGCAGAAGCUUUCUAGACAAGCUUACAAACAGAUUGAAGGGCAUGAUCAGGUUACGAUAG